ACUAGCAUAUCUUUUAGACAGAUGUGCAUCGCUCAAACAGAAGGAGACAGAAGUCAGAUGAAUUCAAAGGAGUGAUAAAGUGUGGUGGAGAAAGAGAAGCUGUGGUUGCUUUCCUGGUCUGCAGUUUGGCGGGGCACUAAGAUGUCUGUGGACAUGAACAGCCAGGGCUCUGACAGCAAUGAAGAGGAUUAUGACCCUAACUGCGAGGAGGAAGAGGAGGAUGAGGAUCCUGGGGAUAUUGAGGAUUAUUAUAUUGGGGUAGCUAAUGAUGUGGAGCAGCAGGGAGCAGAUGCCUUUGAUCCAGAAGAAUAUCAGUUUAUCUGCCUGACUUACAAGGAGUCGGAGAGCACCUUGAACGAGCACAUGGUCAGCUUGGCCUCCACAUUAAAGGUGUCUCAUGCAGUUGCUAAGCUUGUAUUAGUUAGUUUCCACUGGCAAGUCUCAGAGAUUUUGGAAAGGCACAAGUCCAAUUCUGCCCAGUUGCUAGUGGAAGCACGAGUUCAACCCACCUCAUCCAAACAUACAAUGGUACAUUCCUCCCAUCACUGCGCAGUGUGUAUGCAGUUUGUCCGAAAGGAGAACUUACUCUCUCUGGCUUGUCAGCACCAGUUUUGCCGUAGCUGCUGGGAGCAGCAUUGUACAGUACUCGUCAAGGAUGGUGUCGGAGUUGGGGUCUCCUGCAUGGCUCAGGACUGUCCACUUCGGACACCAGAAGACUUUGUGUUUCCAUUGCUGCCUAGUGAGGAGCUGAAAGACAAAUAUCGGCGCUACCUCUUCAGGGACUACGUGGAGAGCCAUUAUCAGCUGCAGCUGUGUCCCGGUGCAGACUGCCCCAUGGUCAUACAGGUACAGGAGCCCAAAGCUCGACGAGUGCAGUGCAAUCGAUGCAAUGAAGUUUUCUGUUUCAAGUGUCGGCAGAUGUACCACGCACCCACAGACUGUGCCACCAUCCGGAAAUGGCUCACCAAGUGUGCAGACGACUCUGAAACAGCCAACUACAUCAGUGCUCACACUAAAGAUUGUCCCAAGUGCAAUAUCUGUAUUGAAAAGAAUGGAGGCUGCAAUCACAUGCAAUGCUCCAAAUGCAAGCAUGACUUCUGCUGGAUGUGUCUGGGGGACUGGAAGACCCACGGUAGCGAGUACUACGAAUGCAGUCGGUACAAAGAGAAUCCUGAUAUUGUAAACCAGAGUCAGCAAGCGCAGGCCAGGGAGGCCCUUAAGAAGUACUUGUUCUAUUUUGAGCGGUGGGAGAACCACAAUAAAAGCUUGCAGUUAGAGGCACAGACAUACCAGCGAAUUCAGGAGAAGAUCCAGGAAAGGGUGAUGAACAACCUGGGAACAUGGAUAGACUGGCAGUACCUGCAGAACGCUGCAAAGCUGCUUGCAAAGUGUCGUUACACCCUGCAGUACACAUAUCCAUAUGCCUACUACAUGGAGUCUGGCCCCAGGAAGAAAUUGUUUGAAUACCAGCAGGCUCAGUUGGAAGCUGAAAUAGAAAACCUCUCCUGGAAGGUGGAGCGAGCGGACAGCUAUGACAGAGGGGACUUAGAGAAUCAGAUGCAUAUAGCAGAACAGAGGAGGAGGACCUUGCUUAAAGACUUCCAUGACACAUAAGGCGGAAAGA